GUCGAAAGGCCAGAGAAGAAAGCUUUCACCCGAGCCUUGAUCCCGGCCGCUCACAUACCAACCAUGGCCCCUGAGCCGGAUCAGCCCAUGGCGAGACGCACCAAUACACGAAGCCGGACAGGGUGCGUAUCAUGCCGCCAAAAGCAUAUUCGAUGCGAUGAGAGGCGCCCAUCUUGCUUCAAUUGUAGACUCAAAGAGCAGUCAUGUUCGUAUGUGCCGAAGAUUCCGCUCCGCGAACGUAGAGCUGGCCCUUGCCCUGGCCAACAAGCACCAUGGGCCGUUGAGGAUACACGACCCGUCACACACCACUCUCAUAGCCUCAAGGAGAUCGCUGUAUCAUCAGAGGUGCCAUCUAUUCAAGUGCUCACAAUACCGAGUCCUUUUUACGUAAGCCCGUGGGAAGCUCUUGAUCCCUUCGACACUUUGCCCAUCAACAUGCCCCUUAGGUCGAAGGAACUUCUUCACUACUUUUUCCAAGCUGGCCGCUCUCAAGGUCUGUUACCCGGAAAUCCGGAUGAUUGCAUUGCAUCAGCUACUUCCGAUGCGGAUGUCCUGCAAAAUACGAUGUUGCUGUCCGGUCUUUACUACGCAUGGAAUAAAGGCGAUCUCUCUUCAUUUGAAUCCACUUUCGUCUCCCAAAAGAUCCAGAGCAUACGGCGGGUCAAUUCUUGGCUUGUCGCCACGCCGCACGAACGAGAUGUCAUGCGGUGCGCAAAGUACAUCAGCACGCUCUGCUUUAUAGAGUGCUGCCUAGGAAAUCUGGCUAUUGCCGAAUCUCAUCUUAAAGGUCUCAUGACUUACCUGGAUUCACAGCGACCAGAAACCCCCAGUCAACAUAUGACUGAUGACAUUGAAUUUGACCAGACAAAUCGCUACCUUAUUUUAGAUUACAACGUCGUCCAAUGCUUGAAGAGCCGCUCAAACGACAGUCUUACUACUUACACCUCAUCUCAAGGCAAAAAGCCACGCUCAGAUCCUAGAGAGUCAGCCCACUUGACGCACGAAUGGCAUAUUCACGAAGCUAGUGACCAAGAUCUUCGUCUCAGGGCCCUCCGAAUGGUGCCUCGCUUUUUCGGCUCUGUUCCACAAGGCAGAAAGCCAAAGAACAUUGAUAUGUACCCGAUUAUCACAGCUCUUCGGAACAUUACCAAGCUCGCAGACCUAAGACAUGCGAAAGCAUCUGCUGACGUAGUUCUUACCACGCCCUGGAAGGGUUGGGAUAGUAGUAGCCCAUCUGAACUACUGUUCGCAGUAAUCAACGCCCAUACUUCAUCGUUCGCAGACAAAAUUCAGCUCCCUUCUCAUGGAAAACAAGCUUUCAUAUCGUCGUGGUCUGGAUUCUGCGGGGUCAUCGGCAUGUAUCUGAUUGCUGUUCUUGGAAUCUGGAAUCAAGGUCUGCCGAUGGAGAAGCAACUGCACUACCAUAUACUCCGGAUUCUUACACAGGAUUUGAGAAACGACUUGGUCCAUCUCCAGAGUAUGAACCGAGAGACACGCGACACGUGGCUCUGGAAAGCAUUGGUCGGGUCAUUAAGUGUGGUUCAUGCCCAGCUAUUUAUCUGCGACAAGCGCCUCGAUUCCAUACUGGAGGAAUUGGCCAGCUUCAUUCGGAAUUGGGCCAAGAUCACCGGCGUUGUUGCAUGGUCUGGAGCCAGGGAAAGGUUGAGCCGCGUUGUAUGGCCAGUCAGUUUAGAUCGCGAGGAUACGUUUGAGUCAAUGUGGGCAAGGCUAAUCUAG